ACAAACAUGUGCGCUACUGUUGGUAAUGUGUCUGAAGAGAAGGAGUGCUUUGUCUUUACUGAGUUCAGACAUUAUGAUCAGGUUAUGAAGUUGAUAUCAAGCAUAAAGUUUGAACUGUCAGAUUUUCGCAAGAAAGAGAACUUAGAGGAUACACUUGUCCGAGCAGCCACAUCUGCUUGAUCCUUAUCUUGGAAAAAUGAUAUCAGCAUGCCUGGAUGUUGUGCACUGUUCUCGCUCAGAGCCUGAAGUUUUUCACUUCGCGUUCAGGAUCUUAUAUCUAAUGACAAAAACCCGAGGUUACAAGGCCAUUAUCCGUUUGAUGCCACAUACGGUUGAUGAUAUUGAACCAACUUUAAGUCUUCUCAUGGAGCAAGAUAUAAAUGAUUCAAAGAACUGGGAGACGCGCUAUGUUCUUAUCCUUUGGUUAUCAAUCUUGGUAAUGGUCCCAUUCAACUUGGAAAAUCUUGACAGUUUUGGAAAAAAACCUAUAAUUGAGCGUGUAAUUGAUUUAGCCAAGCUCUACCUUUUUCAGGAUGAGCGUACUCAAGAAGCAGCUGCUUUCCUUCUUGCGCAUACUGUUACCCGGCCAGAUGCACUUCAUGCCCAGCUACCAUCAGUAAUUUCGUUUGCAAUUAAAAAUCUAGGCUUUACUGAUGUUAUCAACGUACAAGACGAAAAGCGAGUAUGCGGCACCCUCAGAAGUAUAGCUAAUAUAUGUAAACUCGGAAGCCGCGCUGAAUUGUUACCUUAUGCGAGUGAUCUUUUGGGUGCAGUACUUCAGUUGCCUGGAGAUUCUUCUAAGGGGAUUCUUCUAUGUCGUCUUGAAACGAAAGUUUUACAACGAAUUUGUUUGUUAUUUUGCCCACCAAUAAAUACAACAUGGCAGUACCAACGAGGAUGUCGAUCACUACAAGACAACUUAGAAUCUCUUUUGAUGAAUCAUGACAACAAAGAUUCUUUAGUCUCUACAAAAGUUGCUGAUCAUUCGUUAUACACAGGUUUUCAAAAUAAUAUCUCAAGUGAUAUUUCUGGGGAUUGUUCAUUAACUAUGAACUAUGAAUUGUCCAACACAGACGAAGUUGCAGAAGUUAUUGAUAAACUAAUAAGCGCUUUACGCAGUCAAUUUACUGGGGUUCGUUGGUCUGCUGCCAAAGGGAUCGGACGUAUUUGUUCUCGUCUUUCCAGUUCAAUGGUAAAUGAUGUUCUAUCGGCUGUAUUGUCCUUGUGUACGAAACUCGAACCAUAUACCGCAUGGCAUGGAGCUUGUCUUGCUUUGGCUGAACUUGGCCGUCGCAGUCUUCUUUUACCAUCUAAAUUACCAGAAGUAAUCCCAGUAGUUUUACGAGCUCUGUUUUAUGAUGAGCGGUCUGGCGAUCAUAAUUAUGGAUCAAAUGUUCGAGAUGCUGGAUGUUAUGUGUGUUGGGCAUUCGCAAGGGCAUAUCAUCCUAAGGAUUUCGUGGAUUAUGUCGUUCCUAUUGCAAGCUCUCUAGUCUUGGUUAGCCUAUUCGACCGAGAGGUUAGUGUACGUCGAGCAGCGUCUGCUGCAUUUCAAGAGAACGUGGGUAGACAGGGUCAUUUUCCACAUGGAAUUGAAGUCCUCACUACAUGUGAUUAUUUCAGUGUGGGAAAUCGUGCUCACUGUUACCUUCAGUUGAGUGUGUCUGUAGCUAAAUUUAAAGAAUAUGUAGAACCUAUGAUUGGUCAUUUGGUGAAUGUUCGUCUUGGACAUUGGGAUGAUUCAAUCAGAUAUCUGGCUGCUUGUGCUUUAGGCAAACUAUACAUAGCUGAUCCUGAUUACAUGAUGGAAGUUGUCUUGCCUCAGAUCAUCAAUGGUUCAAUUAAAUCUACUCUACACAAUCAACAAGGGUGUAUAUUUGGAACAGGUGAAUUGUUAUGUGCAUCAUCCAGUUAUGUUAUAAAUGAGGAAAAUCUACUCAAGAUUAAGGAAAUUGUUCCAGCACUUAAAAGAGCGAACAAAUUUCGUGGUCUAAGUGGUGAAUUAAUUCGAAAAGCAACUGCUCAUUUUAUUCAGAAGUGUGCAAUGGCCAGAUUACCGUUUCAUGAUGAUCCAAUUAUUGAAGUUUGGCGUGAAUUCUUGGAUGAUUGUGUCGGACAUAAAAAUCCUGAAGUACAGAAAGCUACUGUGAAUGCAUAUCCUCACUUUUUAUCAACUUAUUUGUACAACCGAAAUGGUGAACUGAAAUUAGGCUAUAAAGAUUUAUUGUACAGGAAUUUUUUACUUCAUUUAAAUACUAAUUCUGAAUCGGAACUUUCCGGUUAUUUACAAAUUAUUGGUGCAGCUCCGAGUAGUUUGUAUUGUGGACAUGUUGCUGAUUUACUGGAUACUGUCACUAGUGCUUGUAAAUCGACUUCAAAGACAAAAUUCUGGGUUGAUUCUCGCGGAUCCGCAUUAAAAGCUCUUGUUCAGAUCAUAAAAAAUCUUGGGGCUCAUCACUCGGAAUUAAAUGUUACCAUUUUGAAAUCUACUUGUUAUAUUUUACUCCAAUCUAUAUCCGAUUAUACAAUGGAUUCACGUGGGGAUGUAGGUUCUCUUGUUCGCGAAGUUGGAAUGAAAUGUUUGGACUCAUAUAUUGAGUUUCUUGUAAAUAAUCAAUACAAAGAGCUUAUUACAUCAGACAUGAUUGAAGAAGUGAUGACUAGCAUUGCACAACAAGCUGUUGAAAAAAUCGAUCGGACGCGAGAUGUAGCUGGUCAAGUGUUCGCUCAUUUACUCCAUCAUGAUCCUCCUAUCGAACACAUUCCUCAUUUUGAAGAACUGAAACAAAUUUUCCCAAAAUCUGAUUGUGAUGAAAUGAUAUGGAAUUCGGCCAAUUCAACAUUUCAUCGUUUUACGAAAUUGUUGGAUUUUCCAGAAUAUCGUUAUCGUUUAAUUUUAGGCUUAAUCGUCAGUGUCGGUGGUCUGACAGAAUUAACAAUUCGGUGUAGCACUUCAGCUUUAAGUGCAUAUUUUCUUGAUCAUGAAUCAGAUCAGCUGUUUAUUGUUGAAGUGUUAAAGAUUGUUGAACAGAUUCUGCAAUCGUUUCGACAAGAAGAGAGGAUUGUUAUUCCUCUUUUUAAAUUUUUGGACUUUUUACUGAAUGAUCCGAUUGUCAACUCAACAGUUGAUCCAAACAGUCCAAUUCUUUUACAAUUAACGGAAAGUGUAUGGAAUGAAACCAAACUAAAUAAAGAUGUACAACGUAUUAAAGCUGCUAUCGAUGUAUUUGGUGGGAUGUUACAAUUCACUGGGCCUGUUCGAAAGCGAUCUCUAUCGUUAAUGAUGGUCAUGUUGGGAUCUCGUUACCCAAUUAUUCGUAAGACAACCGCAACAGAAUUGUAUGAAGGUUUACUGGUUUAUGAGUUAUGUUCAUCUGAGUUAUUAGAUCAAGUAUCAUCCAUACUUACUGAAACCAUCUGGGAAGGUGAUAUUGAAGUAGUCAGACCAAUUCGUAAUCAACUUUGUGAAUUAUUUCAAGUUCCUGUACCAAGAAUAGCGAGUAAUACUCAGAACCAUACAUCACCAGCUUGAAAAGUUUAUGGAAUGAAGCUUCUAAUGCAAAUAUAAUCUAUGAGGAUUUGUUUCAUACAAAUGUGAAUAUAUAUAACAAUAUGAAGAAAAUAUAAUUUUAUUUAAUUGUAGUAAUGUUAUUUAAUAUUCUGCAUUAUUUAUUUUCGUGUUCUGAAACAAUUCGUUGUUUUUUUUAUUGUAAUGUAAAUACUUCAUUGUUAAUAAUGAUUGCUAAGCAAGAAUUUUCAAUGUAUGUUACUCGGUCAUAUUUGUUUUAUUUAUCGAAAUACGUCAAGUUAAAUUAAUGUUCUUUGAUAAAUAAGAUCGGAUUGAUUAUUAAGGAUGGAUUUAUGUCUAUUAAUUAAAAUGUAAAGUGUAACUAGACGUUGAUUAUUUUAUUGAUAUGAUUCGUUGUGUGAUUAGUUAUAGAUGUUAGAGUUUGUCAAGUUUAAUAAGCUGGGACCGAAAGUAACCUUAGAAGCGCUACAGGCAGGAUAGUGCAAUAUACGUCCGCUACAUAAGUUGCUUGGUGUAUCUUGAAUAGUACAUCCAAGUUACUCAGCUGA